AUGUACCACGUGCUGGUCGGCGAGUCGUGCUACACGGCUUCUGAGAUUCAGAAGCUCGUGCAGCGCAUCAACGAUCAGAGCCCCGUCAAGGUCGCCAAGCUCACGGGCUCGUGGCAGUACUAUGUCGACCUCGAGACCGAGGAUGCCGGCGUCCUCGCCAGCAUCAAGAAGAUCCUCGAAGCCAUUGAGCAGCCCGCCGACGCUCCCGCGACCGAGAACAAUGGCAAGUCCGUCGAGAUCUACGUUACUCCCCGAAACGUCUCGCCAUGGAGCUCCAAGGCCACCAGCAUCGCUCUCGUCUGCGACCUUAAGACCGUCAACCGUAUCGAGCGAGGCCGCGUCAUUCAUAUUGAAUUCGAGGACACAUACAACGGAGAGCAGGAUUUGGUGUUCCGGGAUGUUGUUCAUGACCGUAUGACUGAGUUCUUCAGUCUUUCGCCUCCGGUCCUUGACACCAUGUUCGCUCACGGCAUCCGACAUCCCCUUGAGGUGGUUGACAUCUUUUCCGAUGAGCGAGGCCCAUUGGCUGCUCUCCAGGAGCACAACAAGAAGGCUGGACUUGGACUUGACGAACCCAACAUGGAGUACUUGGUCAAGCAGUACACUGCUCUCGGCCGCUCUCCCAACGACGUUGAGCUCUUCAUGUUUGCCCAAGUCAACUCUGAGCACUGCAGACACCACGUUUUCAAUGCUUCGUGGACCAUUGAUGGUGUCAGCCAGGAGAACAGCUUGUUCGGCAUGAUCAAGAACACCCAUAAGUCGAACCCCGAAUAUGUCAUCAGCGCUUAUUCCGACAACGCCGCUGUCUUGUCUGGUGACGAGGGCAACUACUGGGCCCCUGACUACUCGACUGGAAGCUGGAAACUCACCCGUGAAGUUGUUCAGCCUCUGAUCAAGGUUGAAACUCACAACCACCCCACUGCCAUCUCUCCUUUCCCCGGUGCUGCAACUGGUAGUGGUGGUGAGAUUCGUGACGAGGGCGCUGUUGGACGGGGCUCUUCCCCCAAGGCUGGUCUCUGCGGUUUCUGGGUGUCUGACCUCUUGAUUCCUGGUAGCAAGAAGCCUUGGGAGGUUGAUAUUGGACGGCCUUCUCACUACGCCUCCAGUCUCGACAUUAUGCUGGAAGCCCCCAUUGGCUCCGCUAGGUUCAACAACGAAUUCGGACGUCCUGCCCUGACCGGAACCUUCAGGACUCUGCUCACCAACGAAGCCGAGUCUGAGGCCCCUGAGUACAGGGGCUACCACAAGCCCAUCAUGAUUGCUGGUGGUAUCGGCAGUGUCCGACCCCAGCACGCGCUCAAGGAGGAGGCUCACGUCGAAGAGGGUGCGCACGUUAUCGUUCUUGGCGGCCCUGCCAUGUUGAUCGGCCUUGGAGGUGGUGCUGCCUCCUCCAACACCGGCUCUGAGGCCACCGCAGACCUCGACUUUGACAGUGUGCAACGUGGAAACCCCGAGAUGGAGCGACGCGCCCAGAUGGUCAUCAACACUUGUGUUGCUCUUGGCCCAGAGAGCCCCAUCGCUUUCAUCCAUGACGUUGGUGCUGGUGGUCUCUCCAACGCUCUCCCUGAGCUUGUCAAGGAUGCCGGUUUCGGAGGCAAGUUCGAGCUUCGACAAGUCGAGAGUGCCGACAACUCCAUGUCCCCUCUCCAGAUCUGGUGCAACGAGUCUCAGGAGCGAUACGUUCUUCUCGUCAACCGAGAAGGCCUCAACCGCUUCACGAGCAUCUGCCGACGAGAGCGGUGUGGCUUCUCUGUCGUCGGAUCGGCCGUUACCAAGGAUGAGAACGGUGUGACCAAGCUUACCCUGACCGACCGUGAGCCUACGGUCAACCCUCCCAUCGAUCCCAUCAACCUUCCUAUGGACGUUCUGUUCCCUCCUGGACGAAGAAUCUCCAAGGACGUUCAGCGAGUCCAGAAGAACCUCCGUCCGUUCGAUGCCGUCAAGAGCCUCACUGAGCAGUGUGACAGCUCUGACCUGACUGAGAUGGUUACCAAGGCUACUGAGCUGGUCUUCAAUCUUCCCUCCGUUGGCUCCAAGAGCUUCCUCAUCACUAUCGGCGACCGAACCGUUGGUGGCCUGUCCGUCCGCGACCAGCUUGUUGGCCCCUGGCAGACUCCCGUGGCCGAUGUCGCUGUGACUCUCACUAGCUUCAGUAUCGAUGACAAGAAGCGACGCGGAGAGGCCAUGGCAAUGGGUGAGAAGCCUACUCUCGCUCUCAUCUCGGCCGCUGCCUCGGCUCGCAUGGCUGUUGUUGAGAGUUUGAUGAACCUGGGUGCCGCCGACAUCAAGCCUGGCCCUGUCAACGGUGACCUCAAGCGCGUCAAGCUUUCUGCCAACUGGAUGGCCGCUGUUGGUCACCCCGGUGAGGGUGCCGCCCUCUACGAAGCCGUCCAGGCCAUCGGUAUGGAGCUUUGCCCCGAGCUUGGUGUCUCUAUUCCUGUUGGCAAGGACUCUCUGUCCAUGAAGGCUUCCUGGAAGGACAAGGAGACUUCUGAGUCCAAGACCGUUACCGCUCCCGUGUCUCUGGUCAUCUCAGCCUUCAGUUUGGUUGAGGAUGUCCGCAGCACGUGGACUCCUCAGCUUCGUCGGGUUGAGGAGGUUGGCGAGUCUGUUCUUGUCUUUGUGGACCUUGCCCAGGGCUUCCGUGCUAUGGGUGGUUCUGCUCUCGCCCAGACCCUUGGCCAGAUCGGUAACGAGGCUCCUGAUGUCCGCGAUGUCCAGAUCAUCCGUGACUUCUUUGACGCCUUGUGGCAGCUCCAUCAGGAGGAUAUUGUUCUCGCCUAUCACGACCGAUCCGAUGGUGGUCUGCUCACUACUGUCGCCGAAAUGAUGUUUGCCGGUCGAUGCGGUGCUGACAUCUCUCUCGACGACCUUGCCGAGUCUGAGGACAAGGUGCUCGACACUCUGUUCAACGAGGAGCUGGGUGCCGUCUUCCAGAUCCGUCGCGGCGACGAGACUAAGUUCAAGAGGUGCUUUGCCACUUGUGGCCCCCCUCACGGUUUGAUCAAGACCAUUGGUUACGUCCGACCUACUUCCAAGCAGUCUCUCCUUGUCAAGUACAGGUCCAAGACUAUUGUCGACCUCGAGCGCGCCAAGAUCCAGCAGUGGUGGACCAGCACCUCGUACGAGAUGCAGAAGCUGCGUGACAACCCCGACUGCGCCCAGUCCGAGUUUGAUGCCAUCCAGGACUCCAGGGACCCUGGUCUUCACUACAAGCUCAAGUUUGACCCUGCCGAUGUCAGCCUCCCUACUUUCACCAACCUUAAGAGCUUGGUCUUCAAGCCUAGAGUCGCCAUCCUUCGAGAGCAGGGUGUCAACGGCCACGCCGAGAUGGCCUUUGCCUUCCGUGCUGCUGGCUUCGAUGCUGUUGAUGUUCACAUGUCUGAUAUCCUGGAUGGCUUCUCCCUGGAUGGAUUCCGAGGUCUUGCUGCUUGCGGUGGCUUCUCAUACGGUGACGUCCUUGGCGCCGGUAACGGAUGGGCCCAGUCCAUCCUCAUGCACGAUGGUGCCCGUAAGACAUUUGAGGCCUUCUUCAAGCGACCCGACACCUUCUCCUUUGGUGUCUGCAACGGUUGCCAGAUGCUGACUCGACUCAAGGAGUUGAUUCCUGGAGCUGAGCACUGGCCUACUUUUGUUGAGAACGCCAGCUCUCAAUUCGAGGGCCGUUUCUCCAUGGUCACCAUCAACGACAAGUCGGACAACUCUGUCUUCUUCAACGGUAUGAACGGCUCGUCAUUCCCCAUCGUCGUCUCCCACGGCGAAGGUCGAGCCCAGUUCUCGUCGGCCAACGACAUUGGAUCCGUCAACGAUCACGGUCUCAUUCCUCUCCGCUACGUCGACAACUACGGUUCCGUCACGGAGAGGUAUCCCUUCAACCCCAACGGCAGCCCUCAGGGUAUCGCCGGUGUGAAGAGCAAGGACGGCCGUGUGGUUGCCAUGAUGCCUCACCCCGAGCGUACCAUCAUGGCGGAUGUGGGCUCGUGGAAGCCCGACAACCAGCUGGAGGAAUGGGGACAGUUUGGUCCCUGGUUCCAGCUGUUCCUGAACGCGCGUAAGUGGGUUGGUUAG